AUGGUACUCUUCCUCUUUGCCAGCUAUCGAAAUCCAUCUUACUCUAACCUAUGUCGGAGGGGACGCGCGCAUCCCCGCAUAACAGGAUAUGAUGAUCACAAAUGCACAGGCCACGCUACCCUCCAAGAAGCACGGAGUUGGAUGAAAGAGAAGGGUGUGGCCGAACCAAAAGAGAUUAUAACGAGUGAAGAAGAAAAGACAGGCCCCAUCGGCGGAAAGGGUUUCUAUGCGGUUGCGAAUGGGGGUACCCCUGAGAUCUAUGAAUUCUACCGUGGGGGAAACGGUGCUAAGAAAGAAGUCGACAACGUGAAGAGUUCAUGCCACAAAAGAUUUAGAACGAGGGCCCAAGCCGAAGCUUUCAUUGCUGAUUGGAAAGAGACCUAUGCUGACAUCUGGAGGGAAGAGAUCAAAAAAGCUUUGGAUGAAGGGUUCAGACCUCACGGCACUGACGCUUUCAGAUCCGACGAAAUGAGGCGAAUCAUUAGGUUGUUCUUACACGAGCCUGUCACGCCUGCCAAGAUUGAUGAGCUCGCAGAAAUGACAAAGAAGCAGCUUUGA